CUUUGCUUUAUUUUCCACGACACGAAAUCACAAAAGCAUUGGAUACAUCGAGAGAUGAGAGAGAUCUCGAUCUCAACGAUCGCUCUUUCAUCUUCGCAUCUUCUUCUUCUCUUAUCUUCGAUUUCUCUCAACUUCGUCUUAGGUAUAUCUGGUGAUUCGAAGAGUUCGAGUACUGGAGCAAAGGCUGAAGAAUUUCAUACUUCUAACAAAUCAGGGACGAAAGUGAUACUCAUACUGCUCGGGUUUGGUGCUGUGGCAGGAUUCUCGUUCUUCUUGUAUAAAUUGUGGCAGAAGAAGAAAAGAGACGAGCAGUAUGCUCGGCUGUUGAAGCUGUUCGAGGAGGAUGAUGAACUGGAGGUUGAAUUAGGACUCCGUGAUUAAGUAAAAAAACCAAAUCUGUAACAAUGUCUGAGGUGUGUAUUCAGAUCAUACAAGGGGUUCAUAAAUAUAUAUAAAUUGGCUGUAUACAUACAUGCAUUAGACAAUUUGAAGUAUAUGCUUAGGAAAUGUAUACUUUAAAAUGAUGUAAUUUUUGACUGGGUGAUCUUAGCUUCUGUUGGAGGCUCUGGAGAAAAUGUUCCUCUUUAGUGUUAGUUCCAAUUCCUUGUAAAACAAUUACAUUCAUCAACUUCUAUGUUCCAUUGAUAUUUGUUGUUGCUUGUACAAUUUAGAUGUUUCUUGCAGUGUUGAGUCAA